ACAUGAGAAGUUAUUCAGACGGAUUUGUAUGAUGAUGGAUCAAGAACAAUCACACCAGCGAGGUCAAGAACAUGACUUAUUUGAUAGAAAACCGUACAGUUUUAUCUGCAACUUCUGUUUCCAAAAGGAACUAUUUCUUAAAGAUAUUCCAACAAACAACAAGAAAACAUAUCGGGACUGUACAACAACUGUGGAAAAUAGAGCUUAUUGGAACAAAGCAACAACUCCACCUUACUUUUCACGAAGGUUUAGAAAGACAGAAUUAAGUUUGAACCGAAGAAAUGGCAAUAUUCGGAAUACUCACUCUUAUUUUUGGAUGCUCUUUGUAAAAGAAAACGAAGCCAACUUGAGUUCAGGGGAAACAAGUUUACUGACCAACUACUUUAUUCUGUUGGGACCUCCUGCUAGUGGAAAGAGUACCAUCGCUUCUCUUCUUUCCCAUUUGCUAGGAAUGGUACAUAUCUCCUCAGGAGACUUGAUCAAAGCACACUAUUCUCAACAGACACCCAUUGGGAAACGAGUAGGUCCAUAUGUGGAAAAGCAACUAGUGCCCCCCGAUGAUGUAGUUAUUCCUUGUAUAUUAGAACGAUUGCGUAUGCAGGAUUGCAAAGAGUUGGGUUUCAUUUUGGAUGGGUUUCCUCGAACAGUUGGUCAGGCAGAGGCUCUUCUUAGUGAAGGAAUAAGACCUCAAAAAGUGUUUCGCUUGAAAGCAAGCUUCGACGUGUUGAAACAGAGACUAAUUGGUAGAAAGUCGGAUCCGGAGACCGAAAGAGUUUAUCACAAGAGAUUCUUUAGACCAGUCAGUACAGAAGUUUACGAGCGCUUGGUGUCCGUUUCUAGUGAAACUUUUGAACAAGAAUAUAAUGAUUAUUGCACUUAUAUGGACUCUAUUACUGAAAUAUUUAAACAGUAUCUAAUUGAAGUUGAUGCUGAAAGGCCUCCUCUUGAUGUACUUAAAGAAAUUGUGGAUAGAAUAAUUAUGUUGGAGAAUAAUAAUAACGUGCCGGAAUUGGAUUGGUGUAAUAUGAAUGUUGAAGAUAUAUUUGAAUAUCGGAUAUCUCAUUCUGCCAUAUCGCAAAAGAAACAUACAACGGAACAAGAGAAACAGAAUUCGUACACUAAUGAUAAUACUUUAUCUGGGCAUCCAUCACUAGUGUCUAGAAGAAUACGCACAAAACUAAACUUUUCAAAAGAGCAACUGAUAGGUGAUAAGGUCAAGGCCCAAGUUUCUCUUAUAAGAUGCGAUGGCUUUGUCUGCGAAAGAGAAACUGUUGAAGAAAGUAAUAUUAUGUUUCGAAGUCCAGCAACAGAACAAGUCAUGUUAGUAUGGAACGAGAGGCCAAAGACAUGUUUGGUUUUAGCCAAAAAAGAUCCCGCUCUUUUUCACCAAACAAUACUAGCAGUUCAGUAUCUUAAGAAGCAAAAACUUCAAGUCAUCGUGGAAAGUUUCCUACAGCCUGAAAUACUGGCAAAUGGUAUUUAUGUUGACAGCACCAGUACGAUGGGUCCUCUUGACAAGAUUGUCGACUUUGUUAUUUGUUUAGGCGGUGACGGGAUCAUUCUUCAUGCUUCAACUCUAUUUAAAACAGCUAUGCCUCCUGUCGUUUGUUUUAACCUGGGAAGCUUAGGUUUCCUAACUCCAUUUGAAUUUGACUCUUUUGAAGAAGAAAUUUCCUCCAUCUUGGAAGGAAGAGAAUGUCUACUCAGUCUUCGCAUGCGACUAUUAUGUACAUUGCUUAAAAAAGGCUAUCCCAAAAAGGAAUUCCAAAUAUUAAAUGAAGUAGUAGUUGAUCGAGGAGCUUCUCCGUAUCUUUGUAACUUGGAUUGUUUUUGUGAUAACAAGUAUAUCACUACUGUUCAAGCUGAUGGCAUUAUUAUGUCUACGCCAACAGGAUCCACAGCCUAUUCUAUGAGUGCUGGAGGUUCUAUGGUGCAUCCUUCCGUUCCAGCAAUUUUAUUUACUCCAAUAUGUCCUCAUAGCCUUUCCUUUCGCCCUAUAAUCUUUCCAGAUUCUGUUCAGUUACGAGUGGAUAUUUCUGAAAACGCUCGAAGUCAUUCUUGGGCAUCUUUUGAUGGUAAAUUUCGUCAACAACUCAAACGAGGUGAAGGCCUAUUGAUUCGUAUGUCGCCUUAUCCAUUUCCGACAAUCAACAAAACAGACCAUACUGGUGACUGGUUUGCAGGACUGGACCGUUCAUUCCACUUUAAUAACAGAACCAUUCAGAAACCACUCAAGUAUCACUGAGCCUCAUCAUCUUGUACCGCUGUAAGUUGUUCUUGUAUGG